AUCCACUCGGAACUGGUGUAUCGUCGAACGAGGGUUUGGCUUUAACCAGCGAGAGGGAUAUUCAACUUUGAAGUCAAUAUUCUUCGGAAAUGAUAGAAAUCUAGCGCAGUUCAGAAUUAAGUCCAGAAUUCGGAAUUCUUCUACCUUGAAUUUGAAGUAUUUUUUCUCAGAGGCUGAGGUUUCUAUGUGUAGCAGCGGUGGCAGAACGGAGCUCACUCCAGAGGAAGAGAGGAUUAUGAUCAGAGACAUUGCUCUGACUGCCGAAGCUAAUACUAAAGAGGGCGAUGUCUUUUAUUUAAUCACUCAAAGAUGGUGGCAACACUGGAUCGAAUAUGUCAACCAAGACCAACCGGUUAAUGCAAAUGAUGGAUCCUCCUUCGCGGAAAUUUAUGAUUCUUUUGGUUCAAGCAUGUUAAAGAGACCUGCUAAUAUCGAUAACUCUGACCUCAUUUAUGAUGCUGCAUCAGAGGACUCUAGUGUGAGCAUUGAGAUACAUGAUACUCUUUUAGAAGGGCGUGAUUAUGUUCUGCUUCCGCAAGAAGUGUGGAAGCAACUAUACUUGUGGUAUGGUGGAGGUCCAACAUUGGCACGGAAGGUAAUUAGUGCAGGUCUUUCUCAAACUGAAUUGGCUGUUGAAGUAUAUCCUUUGCGCCUUCAAUUAUUAGAGGUGGGAAAGGGUGACCGUUCCACAAUAAGAAUAAGCAAGAAGGAGACAAUUGGUGAGCUUCACAGACGAGCUUGUGAAAUUUUUGAUCUUAACUUGGAACAAGUAUGCAUUUGGGAUUACUAUGGCCACCGAAAACAUGCCUUGAUGAACGACAUGGAUAAAACUCUUGAUGAUGCAAACAUUCAGAUGGAUCAGGAUGUAAAUCCAGAACGAGUAUUAAAAUAAAGCUAUACGCAAGAAAGAGGUUUUUGCAUCUUAUACUAGAAAAAGGAAAAUGAAAAACUAAUUUCAUAAAAGAAA